AUGGCCCCUUCCCUCGAGCCAGAAGUCUCUUCCGAGCGAAGCAUCGAUGACGACCGAACCGUCGUCGCCACGAGGUCACGGGUCUCGUGGUAUCGCUCCAUUCCCUUCCAGAUCGCCAUUGCUAGCGGUGUCUCAUUUACCGCUCCUGGCAUGUGGGAUGCGCUGAACAACGUGGGAGCAGGUGGCGCAGCUGAGCCGUACGCGGUUUCGGCCGCCAACGCUCUGCUCUACGGCUUGUUUGCAGUUGUGUGCGUUGCCGCUGGUGCAAUCAACAACCGCAUCGGUCUUCGGUACGGUCUGGUUAUUGGUGCCAUUGGCUACCCGAUCUACGGCGCCGGUCUGUACACCAACAAUUACCACCCCACGACAUGGUUCAUGCUCUUCGGUUCCGCGCUGUGCGGUAUCUCCGCCGGGUUCCUCUGGGCUGCGGAGGCCGCCAUCAUCAUCGGAUAUCCCAGUCCCGGCGAGCGCGCUUUCUACCUCGCCAUCUGGCAAACCUCCAAAGCUGCCGGCCCUAUCGUGGGCGGUGCAAUCAGUCUAGGUCUGAACGCGCAGACCGCCGGCAAGGGAGCCGUCAGCGCGGCGACGUACAUCGUCUUCAUCGUCAUCAUGUGUCUCGGCUUCCCGAUCGCGCUCUUCCUCAGUUCCGCCGAGAAGGCCCAGCGCAAGGACGGCUCCGUCGUCGUUGUGCACAAGCAGCCUACCUGGGCCAAGGAGUUCAAAGCCGCGAUUUCUCUCCUCGCUACCCGCCGCAUCCUCCUCCUUCUCCCCGCCUUCUUCAUCAGCUACUUCUACAACGGCUUUGUGAGCACCUGGCUGACCACCUACUUCACCGUCCGGUCGCGCGCCUUUUCCUCCUUCUUCACCAACUUCGCCGGCAUCGCCUCCUCCUUCCUCCUCGCCACCCUCCUCGACCGCCAAACCAUCUACAUCAAAACCCGCGCCCGCAUCGCCUUCUGCUCCAUCACCGUCCUCCUCACGGGAACCUGGAUCUGGGCGACUAUUUUGCAAAAGCAAUUCUACGACAUGCCCGAAUCCCCCGUCUUCGACUGGUUCACCAGUGGCUUCAACAAGUCCUACGCGCUAGUCUUCUUCUGGACGUUUGCCGGCCAGGGCUUCCAACAAUUCCUCUACUGGCUCAUCGGACAGUACACGACCGAUAUCUCCUCUUUGUCAUAUCACGUCGGUAUCCUGCGCGGAUUCGAAGCGCUUGGACAGACGGUUGCGUGGGCGAUGCAGUCCGAGGGUAAUGCGAACCACUUCGUCAGCAUUGGCUUGAACUUCGGAAUCACGCUUCUUGCCUUCAUCCCUACAUGGAUUGUGCUUUCGGAGUUGGAGCACACUCAUGAGGUUAAGGUCACCGCGGCGGAUGUUGCGUUGGAUAACAAGGCUGUGGAUAAUGCUCCCGCUGCUUGA